AUGGGAGAUCUUACAAUCAUAACGUCAGCAAAACCGAAGGAGGGAGAGCAAUCCUCCAUCAAGUGUCCAAUGUUAACCUCGACGAACUAUACCGUCUGGGCUAUUCGAAUGAAAAACAUCCUACGAGUUCAUAAGGUAUGGAGCAUUAUUGAGACAGCAACAGAGGACGACGAUAAAAGCGAUGAUAAAAACGACAUGGCAACUGCUCUGUUGUUUCAGGCGAUACCCGAGGCCUUAGUACUACAGGUUGGGGAGUUAGACACGGUGAAAAAGGUUUGGGAUGCUAUCAAAACUCGAUAUGUUGGCGCCGAAAGAGUGAGAGAAGCCAGACUACAAACCCUAAUGUCAGAAUUCGAUAGACUAAAGAUGAAGGAGACAGAGAAGAUCGAUGAUUUUGCAGGCAAGCUUUCUGAGAUUUCUUCAAAAUCCUCUGCCCUAGGAGAAGAGAUUGAAGAAUCAAAACUUGUCAAGAAAUUUCUGAAAAGUCUUCCUCGCAAAAGGUAUAUUCACAUAGUGGCAUCUCUCGAGCAAGUCUUGGACCUCAAGAACACGGCUUUUGAAGAUAUUGUGGGUCGACUUAAAGCUUACGAAGAACGUGUCCAAGACGAAGAUGAUAAUCAAGAAGAACAGAGCAAGUUGAUGUAUUCCAAUACAGAGCAACAGUCAAACCGUGACUAUCAAGAUGACUAUAGAGGGUAUCGGGGAAGGGGACGUUCCUACAGAGGAAGAGGCCGUGGUAGUCGCAAUAACGGAGGCAGAGACACGUCGAGAAUAAUGUGUUUCAGAUGCGACAAGAUGGGACACUAUGCCUCUACAUGUCCGGAUCGUCUUCUCAAGCUUCAAGAGGCGCAAGAACAUGAUAAAGACUCUACACAAGAUGCAGACGAGCUCAAUACAUGA